AUGACUGAUUAUAAACGUUUGAUUCAACAUGAUGAGUUAGAAAUGGCAAAUGAUCUCUUGGAUUCAAAGGAAGAUGAAAAUAUUGUGCUCAUCUGGUUUGAUGAUCAUAUUGACGACGAAAUCAAAGAUUUAAUGAUACGAACGAAUUAUGGUGAUAAAAAUAAUAACGUAGUAUGUUAUGAUCGUCAGCAUGUGAUCGUAUUGAUAAAAAUGAACAAGAAAAAAUCAUAUUGA